AUGCCCCCCUUGCCCUUGCUAAUGCUAAUAAUAACACCUCCACACCUUGUUAUAGCCUUUCCUUCAUACAUGCACAUGGCAGUUCCAUGUGCAUGAUAAUAAUAAUGAAUGAGCUUACAGUGUCAUUAAACCAAAGCAUCUUCUUCUCUUCAUUUCUUUGAGUUCUUAUUGCCCUGUUCUUGCCUGGUUUUCUUCCUUUACUUCUCCAACGCAUCUUCCUUCUACCCAAACACCCUCUUCCCUUUUCCACUUCUCCCAAAAACCUGUCCUCUUCUCCUAGCCUCCAAUCUUGAAACCCAAAUUUCCCUUUCCAUCAUCUCUUCAAUUUCCCUCUUCUCACAAGCAAACUCAUUAUUCACCCACUUUCCCUUUUCCCUCGUCUUUUUUUCAUCUUUUCCUUCCAAAUCAACUCAAUAGCCCACACUUUUCCUUACCACUCACUUUAUUCCUCAAAACCCAACAACCCAAACUAAAACAAAAACCAAGAACAUGUUUCCUCUUCUUGUUUUUGAAGUUAGGGUUUCAAUUUGAUCUACAAAUUUACGAAAAUGCCACCAGACACUGAAGAUGGAGUUCAAUACUCAUUCGCUCUUGAAUACACCGGUCCUCCGGUGGGUUACGAUAUCCCACGCGCCGUCCCAAUCAACGUCAGCAAAAUCCCUGUCGCCGCGGUAGUUUCUCACAUUAAUUUCCCACGGAAGAUCACCUUACCUGUAGUAAAGCCCCUGCUACCCUCAUCUGAUACCAGUAAAAACCCAAAUUCUGUUAUUACCGGUAAAAUCCCAGGUAAGGAUUGUGGAUCUGAAGAGGGAGUUAUAACUGUUUCGCCAACUUCAGUUAUAGAGAGAGCUGCUGAUUGUAAUUUGCAAGAGAGUGUUUUUUCUGGUGAGUUAAGUAGUUCAGGUUUGUUAAAUGAUGGGGCUAGGAGUUCAAGUACCAUAGAGUUUUCUGAUAGUUUUGAUGAUAAAUCUCGUGAUGAAAGUUUGUUAAAAUUGAGGGUUUCUAAUGAAUUGUCAUCGAUUCUAGAUUGGGAGUCAAAUGAGUCUGUAUUAAGCAGUGUUGAUGUUGAUGAUGAGUACCCAUCUUCGCGUGUUUCUAGCGUUAAGGUUUCUAAUAAUGAGGUGAAUGGUGAGGGUAGAAAAGCCCCAGUUGUUACUUUUCGCGAUAUUGAAUCGGAUGAUGGUGUUGGUGGUGAUGAUACUAGUGAUAUUGAUGAUGGGUUUGAAGGGAAUGAAGAUUUUUUGGAGGAGGAGGAUAGGGUUAUUCGGGUUAAACGAGAGGCAAGAAGUAAAGGGAAGAAAGGGAGUUGUUAUAGGUGUUUUAAGGGGAAUAGGUUCACGGAGAAGGAAGUUUGUCUUGUUUGUGAUGCGAAAUAUUGUAGUAAUUGUGUGCUUAGAGCGAUGGGAUCGAUGCCAGAAGGGAGGAAGUGUGUUACCUGUAUUGGGUUUCCGAUUGAUGAACCGAAGCGUGGGAGUUUAGGGAAGUGUUCGAGGAUGCUCAAGAGGUUGUUGAAUGAUUUGGAGGUUAGACAGAUAAUGAAGGCGGAGAAGUUGUGCGAAGCUAACCAGUUGCCUCCAGAGUAUGUUUAUGUGAAUGGAGAACCUCUUUGUCAUGAGGAGUUGGUUAUUUUGCAGAACUGUUUGAACCCGCCUAAGAAGAUGAAACCUGGAAACUAUUGGUAUGAUAAAGUGUCUGGUCUCUGGGGAAAGGAAGGGCAGAAGCCUUCCCAGGUUAUAAGUCCUCAUUUGAAUGUUGGGGGUCCAAUUAAGGCAAAUGCAAGCAGUGGAAACACGCAGGUUUUCAUUAAUGGCCGGGAGAUCACAAAAGUAGAGCUUAGGAUGUUGCAGCUGGCAGGAGUUCAAUGUGCUGGCAACCCUCAUUUUUGGGUGAACGAGGAUGGAUCAUACCAAGAAGAAGGACAGAAGAACACUAAAGGUUACAUUUGGGGCAAGGCGGGAAUGAAGCUUGUUUGUGCGUUCUUAUCACUACCUGUUCCUUCUAAACCUUCAAAUUCUUGUGGAGAACAAGUUAAUAGUCUGAUUAGCAGAAGCGUCCCAGACUACCUUGAGCAGAGAACACUUCUGAAGCUGCUUUUAGUUGGAUACAGUGGAUCUGGAACAAGUACUAUCUUUAAGCAGGCAAAGAUUCUUUAUAAACCUGUCCCUUUUACUGAAGAUGAGCGUGAAAACAUUAAACUGACAAUCCAGAGUAACGUGUACGGUUAUCUUGGUAUACUUCUCGAGGGCCGUGACCGUUUCGAAGAGGAAAGUUUAGCUGCAAUGAAGAAAGUGCGAUCUACUGAUGAAACAGAAGCUAUUGGCAGUACCAGUAACACCAAAAACCAAACUAUCUAUUCAAUUGGUCCAAGGCUGAAAGCAUUCUCAGACUGGCUUCUGAAGACCAUGGUUUCAGGUAAUUUGGAAGCCAUUUUUCCUGCUGCUACUCGUGAAUAUGCACCAUUAGUUGAAGAGUUGUGGAAGGAUGCAGCCGUUCAGGCCACUUACAAGCGGAGAAAUGAACUGGAAAUGCUACCUAGUGUGUCAAGCUAUUUCUUGGAGCGGGCUGUUGAAAUAUUGAGAACAGACUAUGAGCCCUCAGAUUUGGAUAUCCUAUAUGCUGAGGGUGUUACCUCAUCAAAUGGGCUUGCUUGUUUGGACUUCUCAUAUCCCCAGUCAGCAUCUGAUGAUAAAUACGACACUGAAGACCUGCAUGACGCUUUACUUAGGUAUCAACUAAUUAGUGUACAUGCACGGGGGCUUGGAGAGAACUGCAAGUGGCUAGAGAUGUUCGAUGAUGUUGGGAUGGUCAUUUUUUGUGUUGCCAUGACUGACUAUGAUCAGUUUACAGUUGAUGGGAAUGGCACGUCUACUAACAAUAUGAUGCUGAGCAGGAAAUUCUUUGAGAGCAUUGUUACACAUCCAACAUUUGAGCAGAUGGAUUUCCUUUUGAUACUAAACAAAUUUGAUCUGUUUGAGGAGAAGAUUGAGCGAGUACCAUUGACUCAGUGCGACUGGUUUGAUGAUUUUCAUCCAGUGAUCAGUCGCCAUCGCUCCAACAGCAACAGCAACAGCAACAGCAUUAAUACUAGCCCCUCACUUGGUCAGCUGGGUGCACACUACAUGGCAGUCAAGUUCAAGAGGCUCUACUCUUCACUCACUGGAAGGAAGUUGUAUACUUCUGUGGUCAAGGGACUUGAACCUGAUAGUGUUGAUGCAGCUCUUAAAUAUGCGAAGGAGAUUUUGAAGUGGGAUGAAGAAAAGCCCAACUUCAGUCUCAGUGAGUAUUCAAUGUAUAGCACUGAAGCAAGCUCCUAUUCCCCCUGAUCAGUAAAGCAAGAAACACUUGUACAUGGAUCUUGGCUCUAAACAGCAGUUCUCAUUGCCACUGUACAUAUAAGGGCACAGAAAUUAACGAGAAGUUUUACUUGCGUGAGCUAUUGCAGCUGUAAGAUUGUUAAGCCAGCCUUUAGGUUUAUCUCGAUUUUCUGCAGCAAAAAAUUUAUUUCCGAGAUUAUCAGCACAGAAAUUAGGAUGAAACACUUGUUUUCCUCGUCACACUGAAGGAAUCGCUUGAUGUUGGUUUUCUACCUUGCGUGUAGUUAUUUCCACACCUGAACAGAAUCGAAUAUUCAUUUGUAAUAUAAGAUGAUAUUACAAGA